GCUGGCGUGCCCACCAUGGAGAAAUACCACGUGCUGGAGAUGAUUGGAGAGGGCUCCUUUGGGAGGGUGUACAAGGGGCGCCGGAAAUAUAGCGCUCAGGUGGUGGCGCUGAAGUUCAUCCCCAAAGUCGGGCGAUCGGAGAAGGAGCUGAAGAACCUGCAGCGGGAAAUUGAGAUCAUGAGGGGGCUGCACCACCCCAACAUCGUCCAGAUGCUCGACAGCUUUGAGACGGACAAGGAGGUGGUGGUGGUGACGGACUACGCGGAGGGGGAGCUUUUCCAGAUCCUGGAGGAUGAUGGGAAUCUGCCAGAGGACCAGGUUCAGGACAUCGCCUCCCAGCUGGUCUCCGCCCUCUAUUACCUCCACUCCCACCGGAUCCUGCACCGCGACAUGAAGCCCCAGAACAUCCUGCUGGGCAAAGGGGGCAUCGUUAAGCUCUGUGACUUCGGGUUCGCUCGCGCCAUGAGCAUCAACACCAUGGUGCUGACGUCCAUCAAGGGCACCCCGCUGUACAUGUCCCCCGAGCUGGUGCAGGAGAAGCCCUACGACCACACGGCCGACCUGUGGUCUGUGGGCUGCAUUCUGUACGAGCUGUUCGUGGGGACGCCGCCCUUCUACACCAACAGCAUCUUCCAGCUGGUCAGCCUCAUCAUCAAGGACCCCAUCAAGUGGCCCAAAACCAUGAGCCCUUCGUUCAAGAACUUCCUGCAAGGCCUGUUGAUGAAGGACCCUCGCCAGCGCCUGUCGUGGCCGGAGCUCCUGUGCCAUCCCUUCAUCGCUGGACGGGUCACCAUGAUCGAUGACAUGGAGCAACACGGGAUCGCGAACCCCUUCACCAGCAAGCUGCCCCCGGAGCUGCAGGUGCUGAAGGAGAAGCAGGCUCACUCGCUGGCCCCCAGGAGCGGCCAGUCCAAGAUCCUGAGGAAGGCGCAGCAGAAGAUGGCUGAGGCAGCCCGGAAGAAGGAGCAGCUGAAGGCAGACGCGCCGUCUAACAAGGAGGCAGCCAGCGGAGGUCUGGGGCACAAACCCAAAGCAGCCCCUGGGAAGGCAGCUCUCAGGGAGGGGGAGCAGGCAGCCCGCGCUCCGGGCUCCCCUCCUGAAGACGAGAACAAAGCCAUCCUGGGAGAAGAGCCCCAGGCCGAGUGGGAGACAACGGAGCCUCCCCCGACGCCGCGGGAGCACCGGAUCACACAGGAUUACGAGCGGGAGUUCCCGGAGGUGGAGAUGGGGGCUCCCACGCCGGUGGGGGGCAGCGAAGCGGGGCCACGCGGCAGGCGCAGCAUCGAGACCGUGGACCUGGAGAACGAGGAACUGGAUAGUGACGACGAAUGGCAGCAUCUGAUCGAGGCCACGGAACCCGCCACCAUGCAGCUGAGCACGCCCCUGAGCCUUCUGGGGGACCCGGCCUUCCUGCAGCGCAUCCGGGCCCGGCUCCAGCACUCCAGCCAGCAGGUGCUGGAGGGGAUGUUGGAGGGAGCGUCUCAUCUCCGCCCUGCCCUCCGCGUCCUGGGCAACCUGCUCGCCACCAGGUGUGACUCAGAGCUUCUGUACAGCUUCUGCCAGGCCGCGGAUUUACCUCACUUCCUGCUGCACCUGCUCGGGCAAAUCCUGCAGAGCGCCAGCAGCAAGCAGCAGCCCUGGUGCAUCACGCUGCUGACGGACCUGGUUGGCGUGACAGCGGCCUAUUUCACCAGUGAGUCCCACCUGCAGCGGAGCCGGAGGAGAAGCCUGCAGGUUUUCCACGAGGCGGCUGCCGGCUUCCUCUCUCUGCUGCCCCAGCUGCUGGCCCAGCCAACGGAUGUCGAGACAAGGCUUCGCGAGCAGAGCAGCAUGUGCUUCGCCCGGCUCUGUGAGGGCAUGGACAGCAGCAGCCCCUGUGUGUCGGGCCCCUUCUACGCCAGCCUGCUCGCCAAGCAGCGCCCCCUGCUGGACGCACUCCUCCAGGGGGCCACCCUGGAGCAGCCCGCUCCAGAAGAGCCAGCGAGGGAGGCGAAAGCUGCGCGGGAGCAGCGGGAGCGUGGGGCAGAUGUCUUCACAGCAGCACUGGCCGCAGUCUGCAGCCUCCCCGUGGGGCGGAACGGGUGCCAGGAGGCCAAAAAGCAGGUGGCCCAGCAGGUGGCUGAGAAACUGACGGAGGAAAACAGCUGGCUGCUAGUGAGGCUGCUGGCGGGACUCGAGCGCCCGGCUUGCUCCCUGAACGUGCUGAAGGUCUUGUACUCCUGCGGCCACGCCAGUAAAAGCCUGUGCCGGCUCCUGGCAAAGGGGCAGCAAGUGCCGAGCUCCCUGGCCCGGCUGGUGAAGGGCGAGGUCCCGAUGGGGGAGCGGCUGCGGGUGCAAGCCUGCGAGGCGUCGCUGCACCUGCUGUCCCUGCUCGCCCUCCAGCUGCAGGCUCUCCCUCCCCGGGUGGACCUGGUGGUGAGCGCCGCCGCCGAGCUCUUCACCCAAUCGGCUGUCGUCUCCCUCGUGAGCGCCGCAGGAUUCCUGCUGGCUCAGCUCGGCCAGCACGGGGCAGCCAUCGAGGUGGGGUGCGAGGAGGCCAUGCCGGCCAUGACAAAUGCACUCACUGCGCCUGCUGAGCUGCACCUGCCCCCACCCAUGGGCGCCGGCCUCUACGAUGGAUUCCUGCUUCUCCUGCUGCAGCUCCUUGCCCAGGGCGACGCGGUGACGGUGCGUGGGUUUGCCGGCUCGGAGCUGUGGAACGUCGCCUGGCACCGUUUCGCCAUGAUGCUCCGCUUGGCCGCCGCCGAGCCGGUGAUGGAGGGCGAGACGCCGCGGCCAGGCCAGCCCACUCCGGAGCCAGACUGGACCCUCGUCUCCCCUCAAGGCACCGCGCUCUUCCUCAGCCUGACCCUCUUCGUCUUCACCCGAGAGCCUCACCAGUGCCUUCCUCAGCUCGCCCACCCCGACAGCGUCAUCAUGGCAACCUUCCCCAAGCUGCUUUCCCUCGACUUCCUGGGUCACCUGGCGCAGAUGCAGGUGGGGGAGGACGGUGAUCCCGAGCUGGUCUCAGCUGUGGUGCUCCAGGCCUGCCAGCUGCUCUGCUUCCCCUUCUCCUUGGACGUGGACACUGAGACCUUCAGGUGGGUCAUGAAGGCCCUGAGAGACGCCGAGAUCCCCGCCCAUCUCCUCCAGGUCUGCUGCCACCAUCUACCCGUCUCGGAGACCGCGCUUCCCAUGAGCCUCCUGUGCCACCUCGUCCUGUCCGACCAGCGGGUCAUCGACCAGUUGGUGGGGGUGGCUGCUGUCUCGGACUGCGCCACCGCCUUCCUGUCGGCCAUCUUGCUUUCGGACAGCCCUCUCCUCACGAUGGACCUCCUGUCCCUCCUGACCCACGUGGCCCGGACCUGUCCCGCUCACCUGCCUUUCCUCCAGAAGAUCCUGGGCGGCUCGGACUCAGCCUACCAACUGCUGAGCCACCUGCUGUGCCACCAGGAGCACCCGAUACGCGCCAAGGCCUGCAGCCUGGUGGGGAACCUGCUGCGGCACGGCCAGGACUUCCCCCGGGCGCUGCGGAGCCAGGCGGGCCUGCUGGAGUGUCUGCUGGAGCGCCUGUCGGACCAGGACGAGAGCGUGCGCAGGUCGGCCAGCUUCGCGGUGGGCAACGCUGCCUAUCAGGACGGCUCCCUCCCGCACGCCCUGGGGAAAGCCGUGCCCAGCGUGGUGAGGCUUUUGAGCGACCCCCAGGCCAAAACCCGGUGUAAUGCUGCCUCCGCUCUGGGGAACUUGGGCAGGCAGCCAGCGGACCUGGGGGACGUGCUGAUCCAGAACAGAGCCCCCCAUCUCCUGCUGGACGUGGCCUGCCACGACUCCCAGCCAGCUGUGCAGGAGGCAGCACUGAUCGCCCUGCGGUCCAUCAGCCAGCAGCCAAAGAUACACCAGGUGCUCGUGUCUCUCAAGGCCAGCGAGAAGCUGCUGGCACUUUCCGUCAGCGAAGCUCAGACCAGUUCCUAUGGGAGCCCCCGACCGUCUUCAGCUCAUCACUGCAAGAAGCUCAUCCACCUUCUGCACCCAACACACAGUGCCUGAGAACAGCAGGUCUCUGCCCUGGGAGAGACCGUUCCACCCACCUCUUGAGGACGACACUUAGUGCCCGAAUACAGGGGACACUCCCGUACUCUGUCCAGAAACAGGGGCCACCACCCCCAUCUCCUGAGACUAACGCAGUGCCUGAGCUUGGCAGGUCCCCGUGGAGUUGUGGGAGACCACCCUGACAACAGUUGGUCAAGAAACGUAUCUGAUAAAGACAGAGAUGGGUGAAAUACGGUGUGUGUGAGAAAGAAACUGGAACUCCUC